AUGAGCCUGGCAGCUUUGGUCACAGAACAGCCCGCACUAUCCUCGCUCAUUCCGUCUUCAACUCUAACAAGGAGAUACAAUUGCCAGACAUCAUAUUCUGCCUUCGAUCCUAUACCAACAGCCAGCAGUCAGAGAGAGUCGAAAAUGGCUUCGCCAGAUCAAAUUCGCCCGCGAAGUGGACAUGUUCAUUGUGGAACCUUAGUCAAUGAUAAUAAAGAAGAUGAAGAUCUUUGGAGAAACAGUGAAAGGGCUGCGACUCAUCCUAUAAAUGUCGGGGACCGAACAAGCGGUCAUGAAACCGGAAUGUCUCAUGAUUACGCAACACGCCUCAUAACUAAUGCAUCAGACCCUGGCUCUACUGAUCGGUUUGAUACGGAUUUCAGUCCCUUCUCUCCAAGACCUGAGAAACGUCUCGUCCACACCUUACCUAGUGUUGCAUCACCCUCGGAUCACUGUGAGUCUGAGCAUCGGCAUCUUGGUCUAGAGUCAUGUGGGCAACAGCACGUCUGUCAGCGUCAUUGUCAAGCAUGCAAACAAGCCUUAAGUCAAUUCGGCAAUUUCGAACGACUUAACCAGCCUGGCGAUUGCCGAUUAUUGUUGACCGCACAGCAGAAUCCCGAUGAAAUCUCGGGAAAUGUCCAUGAGUACAUUUCGCAAGAACCGGUCUCAAGACCUAAAACUCAACCUAGGCAGCACCGCCCCAAUCGAAUUGCCGUCGACUUGCACCAACUACGUGCCAGUCUUAAAUCACUAGAUGAAAGCGGCUGGAUGGCUCUAAUUACAGCAUUAAUACAUUCAGCAGAUCCUGCAGGUGGAAUUACGAGACGCCAACAUCGUGGUCCGGUUGGUUCACAACAUGGACUCCGUAUCCACAUGGCCCCGCAUGAUGGCGAUUCUGACACACAGACACUUCGAAUUGGUGCUAGAAUGAGACGGCAGAAGCAGAAAUCAUCGAAACCAGUUGCUACACUUUCUUCAACUAUGGAGCCAGUCGAAUCUAACAGCGUGGUGCUGGAUAGUCGAGGCGUGGCUGGUCGAACUACAGGAAGAGCAGGAUUCAUGAACAUAGCCAAGGGCUGUGAACUAAGUGUUGAGCGUAGGCGGAUAUGCCCGGGCUACAGUCAAAAUUGUGUUCGCGGUUCUAAGCCUCUGGAGGAGGUAGAAAUACAUGUGCCAACCAGAAAGCACAACACAGAAACUUUACAAAAAUUUAGGGCAAAGACAAAACGAAACGAAAAUGAUGGGUGCAUAGAAGAGCAAAAAAAAAAUGCAGAAAGACCCGUCGACUGGAUGGAAGAAAUUGGCCGAACAGGGGCUCAUAAUGGAGCAUGUAAUCAACCAGAGCAUGGCAAAGGUGACAGUCAAUCUCGAGACUUUGUGCUUAUUCACCAGCAGAGUGAAAAUAACAAGGUUAUAUCACCCAGGCAUUAUGGUAGACAGAGCACACCCCUAUCAGCUAAGAAGGCUUCUAGUGAGGAAGCAGAGGGAGAGCUUACUGAGAAGGGAAAAAAUCAUGAAGAGUCACAGGGUCCAAAGGGUUGUCAGCCAUGCCCUGUUGGAUUUCCACUUAGUGCCAGAGGCCUGCCAGCAAUUAGCGGUGGAAAUCAGAUACAGAAUGCGCCCCAGGCAUUGAGUCAAGUUGAAGUAGCUGACACAAUUUGUCGCAGAAUGAAGUCAUGUGUACUCCUGAAAGAUGAGGUACCCUAUCAAGGUCAUCAUGGUAAUUCGCCCAUUGCGGAAACAGCCGGGGCUAGCAUAAAAACACACAAAGAAGGAGUUAAUGUACGCCAUAUUCACUGGUCUCAGCCGGAGCAGCAAGGACAGUUAAGGGCGAUUGAGCAGUUAACACAACGAUGCGAACAUCAACAGUGUCAGCAUCUAGAGCAGACUCAUCGAUAUAUUCAUCGUUAUCAUUGUCAUCAUAACCAUACCCUCCCAAAAGAGCAAAAGCCACCACAGCCAGAAAAGAAUCUUCAAGAUAAUCGACGAAGCCGCAGGGAUCGCCACCCUCAAACUCAUUGCGUUAAUUAUCACCAUCACCAUCAUCGACUGCUAAUAAAGCGACAGCAAUCACAGAAUGGGCGUUGCCCUCUGCAUAUCGAGGGUCUUGGGGACCGACAAGAUCAGGCUUUACCUGAGGACAAGCUUUUCACAGCACUUCUCACAUCUGCCAACCUUAAUUAA